AGGUCGGAUCCCGAGCCCGCGCCAUGCCGAGGGAGAGGAGGGAGAGGGAUGCCAAGGAGCCGGACACCAUGAAAGAGGAGAGCGGCGCCGAUGCCUCUGCUCACUCCAGGAAGAGGAAGGCAAAUGUGGCCGUUUUUUUGCAAGAUCCAGAUGAAGAAAUUGCCAAAAUCGACAGGACUGUGAGGAGCCAGUGUGACAGUCAGUCUCAGGACAGUAACACAGCCUGUGAGAACCCAUGCUCCCUGAUCCCAACGCCUGACAAGGAUGAGGGUGAGCUGGUGUAUCCCACCUCUGAGCACAAGCCUCCGGGCGCCCGGCCUGCCAGAGCCUCGCCCCUGCCUCUGCUGAACUGGGCAAACCGAGAGGAGGUUUGGAAGAUCAUGUUAAACAAAGAGAACACGUACUUCAGGGACCAGCACCUUCUGCAGCGGCACCCUCUCCUGCAGCCGAAGAUGCGAGCGAUUCUCCUGGACUGGCUAAUGGAGGUGUGUGAAGUCUAUAAACUUCACAGAGAGACAUUUUACUUGGCACAGGACUUCUUCGAUCGGUACAUGGCAACACAGCAAGACAUUGUGAAAACGCUUUUGCAGCUCAUUGGGAUUUCAUCUUUAUUUAUUGCCGCCAAGCUUGAGGAAAUCUAUCCUCCGAAGUUGCACCAGUUUGCUUAUGUUACAGAUGGGGCUUGUUCAGGAGAGGACAUCCUCACCAUGGAAUUAAUCAUCAUGAAGGCUCUUAAGUGGCAUUUAAGUCCACUGACCAUUGUGUCCUGGCUGAACGUGUACAUGCAGGUAGCCUACCUGAAUGACUUAUACGAAGUGCUCCUGCCUCAGUAUCCCCAGCAUGUCUUCAUCCAGAUCGCAGAGCUCCUGGAUCUCUGCGUCCUGGACAUUGGGUGCUUAGAGUUUUCCUAUGGUGUCCUCGCCGCUUCUGCCCUGUACCACUUCUCCUCGUCUGAGCUGAUGCAGAAGGUCUCAGGGUACCAGUGGUGCGACAUUGAGAAGUGUGUCAAGUGGAUGGUCCCCUUUGCCAUGGUCAUCAGGGAGGCAGGAAGCUCGAAGCUGAAGCAGUUCCGGGGUGUUCCUGCCGAAGAUGCCCACAACAUUCAGACCCACUUGAACAGCUUGGACCUGCUGGACAAAGCCCAAGCCAAGAAAGCCAUAUUGUCCGAACAAAAUAGGGUUUCUCCUCUCCCGUCCGGGCUCCUCACUCCACCACCAAGCAGUAAGAAGCAGAGCGGUGAGCCAGGAACAGAGUGACACACCAGCCUCUUCACCAAAGACAGUCGUGCCCAAGUGCCUGCCAGUCCUCGUGUGUCCGUGCCCCAGAGGCCACCUCAGCUUCACAGACAGUGACACGGGAGAGCUCACUCUCCCGCAGCACAGUGCUUCUGUGGAUGGCAUUGGACAGGGAGAAGUGCUUAUCGAAUGCUUAGGAUUUGUUAAUAAGUGCGUCAAGUACACCAGCCACCUCCAGACACCAAUGAGUGCUCCCGAUGCUGCUACGGAGGGUGCUGCUUGACUUGAUUGACGUUCUCACAGAUCACAGAGCUUGAAGCUGAGGAGUGCCACUGGCUGCGGCCUUCCCGGGUGUCCUGGGUGCGUGGUGCUGAGUGGGACAGGUGUGGCGAGCGUUGUGACGCAGGCUCAGCCAGCCAUGUUGGGGGCCCGCCCUCCACGCUAUCAGUUGACAAUGUACAAUGCCUUUUAUGAACUUGUUCUGAGUGCUGCUACGUCUGUCCGUUUUUAAUAAAGGUGACACUGUCUUUGAGACAGCUGGUUUUA